GGGACGGAAGCCGCGAGGCGCCGCCGACCGCGCCUGCGACAGCGUCGGCCCUGCGCGGAGCGCCGGCCUGAUGGCGGCGGCGGCGAUGGCCGAGCAGGAGAGCGCCCGGAACGGCGCCCGCAACCGCGGCGGCGUCCAGCGCGUGGAGGGCAAGCUGCGGGCCAGCGUCGAGAAGGGCGACUAUUAUGAGGCGCACCAGAUGUACCGGACCCUCUUCUUCAGGUACAUGGCCCAGAGCAAGCACGCCGAGGCCCGCGAGCUCAUGUGCUCAGGAGCUCUGCUGUUCUUCAGCCACGGCCAGCAAAACAGUGCAGCUGAUUUGUCCAUGCUGGUCCUGGAGUCGCUGGAGAAGGCAGAGGUCGAGGUGGUCGAGGAGCUGCUGGAAAGUCUGGCCAAGCUGUUCAGCCUGAUGGAUCCCAACUCCCCGGAGCGAGUGGCAUUUGUGUCUCGAGCCCUGAAGUGGUCCAGUGGGGGGUCCGGGAAGCUGGGCCACCCCCGGCUCCACCAGCUGCUGGCCCGCACCCUGUGGAAAGAACAGAACUACUGCGAGUCCCGGUACCACUUCCUGCACUCCAGCGACGGGGAGGGCUGUGCCAACAUGCUGGUGGAGUACUCCACGGCCCGGGGCUUCCGCAGCGAGGUGGACAUGUUCGUGGCCCAGGCUGUCCUCCAGUUUCUCUGUUUAAAAAACAAGAGCAGCGCGUCAGUGGUGUUCACGACGUACACACGGAAACACCCGUCCAUCGAGAGCGGCCCUCCCUUCGUGCAGCCCCUGCUCAACUUCCUCUGGUUUCUGCUGCUGGCCGUCGAUGGGGGGAAGCUGACGGUGUUCACGGUGCUGUGUGAACAGUACCAGCCAUCCCUCCGGCGGGACCCCAUGUACAACGAGUACCUCGACAGGAUAGGACAGCUCUUCUUCGGCGUGCCACCCAAGCAGACGUCUUCCUACGGAGGCUUGCUAGGGAACCUUCUGAGCAGCCUCAUGGGCUCCUCGGAGCAGGAGGGCGAGGACAGUCAGGACGACAGCAGCCCCAUUGAGCUCGACUGACGCCCGCGGACCUGCACGGACUCGGCCUGGACUGCGGCGGGUGCGGCUCCCGAUGCGGGUCCAGACCUGGGCCCCCCGGGCUCCGGCCAAGGCCGAGGGGCCGCACGGCGGGUGUUCUGGGGCUGCCGGGGCCGUGCUGGCCAGGCCGCCGUGUACCCUGAGAUGACCCCAAUAAAGCACAGGCCCUGCCGCGCCUCCUCUCCCGG